CUACGCCGCUUUUGGAGGCAGGCAGAAUAGACCGAACUGAAAGAGGAAGAAGAAAUAAUUUUCUACAACGCGCGGCUUGCGGCUCGCAGCUCCCAAAAGGCGCGUUUCUUUUCUGUCCUGGAGUGAUUUCGUUUUAAAGGAGAAUAAGCCUGCUGGACGUGGCUGGAUUCUUUCCCCCAAUACCUCCCCUAAUGUAAGACAGGCAAAGUAUCCUACAAGCAUAAACAAAAACGAUGGGAGCCUUUGGAGUAAUAAUACACAUUUUGCAUUACAUAGGACUCUACGUUCAACUCAGUUUCUCUUCUAGACAAGGUGGGCAUGUUGAAGUAGAGAACCGCAUCUCUGGAAAUGCGCUCUUCACAGAAGUUCCCCAUGACAUCAUUACGCAGAGCGGGCAGGAUGUGGAGAUGGCCUGCUCCUUCCGGGGGGCGGGGUCUCCUUCAUACUCCCUGGAGAUCCAGUGGUGGUACAUCAGGCACCACAAGGAUUGGACGGACAAGCAGGCUUGGAUGACCAAUCAGGUGGUGCCCGAAGAUGAAAUGGUUACAGAUGCCACGAAAAUAAGCGUGGUGAAGGUGGCCGGAAGCAACAUCUCCCACAAGCUCCGGCUGUCCAGCGUGAAGCCUGCGGACGAGGGCACGUACGAAUGCCGGGUCAUCGACUUCAGCGACAGCAAGGCCCGGCACCACCGGGUCCGUGCCUACCUGCAGGUGACACCGGAGAAAACCUCUCCGGACGUUACGCAGCUGGAGGAAGGCCACCCUUCGGAGCUCAGGCAGCAACCGCUGUCACAUGACCACCAGAAAGAGGACAGGGAGCUGAAGAAGCUUUCGGAUGGUGCCCCCACUGACUGCACUGACAGCUGCGUGCUUUAGGGUCACAGCUGUGUGUUUAGUAUACAGCAGGACGAAGGAAUGCAUGUUUUUAAUCUUUAUGAGAAGGUUUCCCAUCCAUAGAUGCCGUUAGUUCUGCUUUAGUAUAGCUCUGAUUUCUGAUUUUUCCUUUUCAUUUUGUAGUCGCUGUGGCAAAGGCUGAUUUUCUGGGGGUUUUUUUUUGGGGGGGUUGUCUUUUUUGCUUUGUUUUUUUUUAAGGCCUGAUGGGAAAUAUGUAUUUCAUUGUUGAAGCUCUCAUUCGAUGUGUGUAAUGUGAUUUUUUUUUUCCCGUUUUACUUUGUCUUGGUCCUCAGCUAAGAUGAAUGGCAUAAAUUGCUGCUGCCGUUCAGUGUUCUAACCGUUCUUUUUUUAUCAUUUGCACACUUUGCCUUGAUGUUUUGUAAGAAAUCAAUGUAUACUCUUGUACAUUUUUAAACGACUUCUAAAAAAAAUGUUGGUCAUAAAUGUAUGCCUCCAGUACAUUAAAUUAAUCGUAAAUUAAACAAAAGCGGUGAUUUAGCUUGCCUUCAUAAACUAAAUUUUAAUUUUUUUUUUUUUGCUAACUUUGCUUCUUGGCAAAACUAAAUGUCAUUUUCA